UUUAUAUGUAAAACUACAAUGUUUUACAUGACCUUUGUUACAGGUGGUGUAAUAAGCCCCUAUCCUUGAACAUGUUUUUAAGAUCAUGAUUUUAGUUUUUCCCACCUUACAGAAAAAGGAUAGCCCCCAUCAUUUCCUCUCUAAACUUCAGCUUCUCCACUGGUAACUUUGGACAAGUUGGCUUCAGUUUUACACAAUAAUUUAGUGUUCCUUAUUGUUUAAAGUAAUGAUUCAUACAUGUCUCUGUGUGCAUUACCUCCCCCCACAUAAAACCAGUUAAUCUCCCCAUCAGGUUUAUUUGCACAGUUCCUUAUUCUCAUUGAAAUCAAUGUCUAGAAAGGUCCUUCUGGGUCACUAGAUCCAGCCCCCUCAAUGCAACCAGUCUGUGAAAGUGAUCAAGCUCUUCUCCCGCAGCCUUUGAAGAUUAGGGAGCCUGCUGCAAGCCAAAACUGCCAACACAUCCCAGCUUUUCCAGAUCCCUAGUAAUUAUCAGCACUUUGGAUGGACGAAUUGCUGCCCUGGACCCAGAAAACAGUGGGAGAAAACAGUGGGAUCUGGAUGUGGGAUCAGGUUCUCUUGUAUCAUCCAGUCUCAGUAAACCAGAGGUAUUUGGAAAUAAGAUGAUAAUCCCUUCCUUGGAUGGGGACCUUUUCCAGUGGGAUCGGGACCGAGAGAGCAUGGAAGCAGUUCCUUUCACAGUCGAAUCUCUUCUGGAGUCAUCCUACAAAUUUGGCGAGGAUGUUGUCUUAGUUGGGGGAAAGUCUUUGACAACCUAUGGGCUGAGCUCAUACUCAGGGAAGGUGAAGUACAUCUGCUCAGCUAUGGGCUGUCGCCGGUGGGAUGACGAUGAAACAGAGCAGGAAGAGACGCUUCUAUUACACCGAACCCAGAAAACAGUCCGUGCUGUUGGACCACGCAGUGGCAAUGAAAAGUGGAAUUUCAGCGUUGGUCACUUCGAGCUGCGCUAUGUCCCAGAUAUUGAAACCAGAGCAGGGUACAUUGAGAGCAAUUUUAAAUCAAAUAUGAACAAAGAAGAAACAAAAAUCAUUUCAGAUGUGGAUGAGCAGGAAGCUAUGAUGAAAGAUACAGUGAUAAAGGUCUCAGUCGCUGACUGGAAGGUGAUGGCUUUUAACAGACGAGGAGGACACCUGGAAUGGGAAUACCAGUUUUGCACUCCAAUUGCUUCUGCAUGGCUGGUUAAGGAUGGCAAAGUAAUUCCAAUCAGUCUGUUUGAUGACACAAGUUACACUGCGAACAAUGAAGUACUGGAAGAUGAAGAAGAUCUUGUGGAAGCUGCCAGAGGGGCCACAGAAUCCAGCGUCUAUUUGGGUAUGUACAGAGGCCAGUUGUAUCUUCAGUCAUCCGUCAGAAUAUCUGAGAAAUUCCCCACCAACCCAAAGGCUCUGGAGUCCAGGAAUGAUAAUGCAAUUAUUCCUCUUCCCAAAAUCAAGUGGAAACCUUUAAUCCAUUCUCCUUCCAGGACUCCAGUGUUGGUGGGGUCUGAUGAGUUCGAUAAGUGUCUCAGCAAUGACAAGUAUUCUCAUGAGGAGUACAGUAAUGGAGCACUUUCAGUUCUGCAGUAUCCAUAUGAUAACGGUUAUUACUUACCCUACUACAAGAGAGAGAGAAAUAAGCGUAGCACCCAGAUCACUGUUAGGUUUUUUGAGGAUACAAAUUACAAGAACAUUCGUAAAAAAGAUCCUGUUCUGCUGCUUCACUGGUGGAAAGAAAUUGUUGGCACCAUUAUAUUUUGCAUUGCAGCCACAACUUUUAUUGUACGCAAACUUUUCCAUCCCCAUCCCUACGGCAGACUGCGGAAGGAAUCUGAAACGCAGUGUCAGACUGAUAGUAAAUAUGAGCCCACUUGUGGAGACGUUAAAGAGAGCAGCUGGAAUGACGUGAAGAACUCCGGAUACGUAUCAAGAUACCUGACAGAUUUUGAACCAAUUCAGUGUCUGGGUCGUGGAGGCUUUGGAGUUGUUUUUGAAGCCAGAAAUAAAGUGGAUGACUGCAACUAUGCUAUCAAAAGGAUCCGUUUACCUAACAGGGAGCUGGCUCGUGAAAAGGUGAUGAGGGAAGUCAAGGCCUUGGCGAAACUUGAGCAUCCAGGUAUUGUUCGGUACUUCAACGCGUGGCUGGAGGCUCCACCUGAGAGAUGGCAGGAAAAGAUGGAUGAACAGUGGUUGAAAGAUGAAAGCACUGACUGGCCUCUCAGUUCUCCCAGUCCAAUGGAUGUCCCAUCAUUUAAGAUCAGAACAGAGCCAUUUUCUACAAAGGAGCACAUUGAAGUUAUUGCCACUUCAUCGGAGAGGGUAGGGUCUGUGGGAAUACCCUGUGGUCAGUUUGAUUCAUCUGGAAGCCAGUUUUCUCCUCUGGAAUUUUCUGAGACAGACAACAGGGACUUACACCAGUCAGAAGAUCCACUAUUGAACCUUCAGGACAGUGUCCUUACCGGCUGUGAUGUAGAAGACAGUACCAUCAACAACAAUGAGCUGUGUGACUCCUUGGAAACGUGUUCUUCGGCUGUUCCUGUUGUACACCUGAGGGAGGGGACCUCCUCUUCUAUCGUGUUUGAGGAUUCUGGUUGUGGAAACGCUUCUAGUAAGGAAGAUAAAGUCGGUGUUUCACGUGGUGAAGGUCUUUCCGAGGAUAAGGCCAAAAGUACAAAGGAAUCUGAUAACAAGAAAUCCGCAUCAGGAAGUCCCCUCUCUGUUUCUCCACCAAGGCCAACAAGUUUAAGCCUGGACCUUUCUAAAAAUAUUGCAGAAAAAGUCAAACCCGCCUCUCCAAAGGUGUAUCUUUACAUCCAGAUGCAGCUCUGCCGGAAAGAGAACCUUAAAGACUGGAUGAGCAGAAGGUGCAUGAUAGAGGAGAGGGAAAGGACAGAGUGCCUGCAGAUAUUUCUGCAGAUCGCUGAAGCGGUUGACUUUCUGCAUAGCAAAGGAUUAAUGCACAGGGAUCUCAAGCCUUCCAAUAUAUUUUUCACAAUGGAUGACAUAGUAAAGGUUGGGGAUUUUGGACUGGUAACUGCUAUGGACCAAGAUGAAGAGGAGGAAUCAGUACUCACCCCAAUGCCAGCCUAUGCCAGACACACAGGACAAGUAGGGACCAAACUCUACAUGAGCCCAGAACAGAUCUGUGGGAACACCUAUUCGCACAAAGUGGAUAUCUUUUCUUUGGGACUGAUUCUCUUUGAGCUGCUUUACCCUUUCAGCACACAGAUGGAGAGGGUCAGGACCUUAAGUGAUGUUAGAAAUUUGAACUUCCCACCAUUGUUCAUUCAGAAAUAUGCACAAGAGUACACCAUGGUGAAGGACAUGCUCUCUCCAAGUCCCACUGAAAGACCAGAGGCUGCAGCAAUCAUAGAAAACCCUCUAUUUGAAGACUUGGAACUCCCACCAAAACCAGUGCUUAGGCAGAGGUCACGGACAAUGAGUUUAUCAGGAAAUAAACAUUCCAGACAACCAAGCAAAUAACUAUCCUCAGGAUCACUUCUUCCACUCGGCAGGUGUUACAGGGAUUGUUCAGCAGAAGGAUCCUAUGAUGCAGAAUGUUUAUCUUUGGAAAUGGUUUACUUCAACUUUUGUUUUUUGGCCAUGUUUAAUGUAUAAGACGUGUUGGACGUUUAUGGUUUGCUUUGACAAGCCAACGAAAAGCAGUAACCACACUUUUCACAUUCCAUUCUUCUUACCUUAACUCUCCUAGGUGGAUGGGUCCAGCUACUGUGCUUACCAAUGGUGUGCUCCAUUAUCCUUUUUGGGGGGGGGUUUAUUGAGAGUUGUUUUUUGAAGCUUGUAUAUAUCAGCUUGCUGGGUAAGUGAGAGAUCUGUAACAUGUAAAUAGAAUGAAAAUCCUGUAUUUUUAUAGAGCAAAUUACAGUCUCUAAGCCUAGUGAGUAUCUCUCCGGAUCACUUGCUCUUUGGUGAAAUGAAGAUGAUUUUGAAAUGAACUAUGACUCCACUUUUGUUCCUGGUGGAUAAACUGGGAAGCUGCACUAUUUUUAAAGCAAAAAAGAGUACCACAGUUGUACAUACUGUCACUCUCCAUAGCCAGUCAUUAGAGGAAAUCAUUUCAUACUUCUGCACUAUAGUAGAACUUAGGGAAUGCAUUUUAUACAGAUAAACCUGUAGAGAAGGAAAAGGAGCUUUUUUGCCAUUCAAAAAAGGAGGUUUUUUUAGGCAGUGGUUGGAAGAGCCAUAGCAAAAAUGAUGUACAAAAAUGUUGUGAUUCUGCAAACUUAAACCUAAUGAAGUCAUACGUGUCGUAUGUAACCUUGUAGAUUUUGUACUUUUUAAGGAAUCAACUGGUAGGCAUUUGUGUAACCUGCUGAUUUAACUGCAUAAUGCCAUGCUUUUUAUUUCUCCCUGUAAAUACGGUAAUUUUUAUUUAUAAAUUCCAGAAUCAAUCCAUUUGGGUUGGUGGUGUACAGAACGCACUCGCUGCAAUUGUUGAGUGCAUUUAAUUAUUGUGACUUCUUUCAAGUCUAAAUGAUUUAAUAAACUUUUUUUAUUUAUAA